CCCCCCUAACAGCCAUUACAAGCGACCAUCCACAAAACCCUUCCUUCCUUCCUUCCUUCCUUCCUCGCCUUUCCCCCCCCCUUUCAUUGCCAUAAAGCAUAUACCAUCAUGGGUCUGUUGGACGGCUUGCAGCAGUCGGUGCAGGAGCUCGCCCAGCGGCAUCCUUGGCUUGGUGCCGUGCUUGCGUCGAAGGCGUAUCGCCGUGCGCUUGCCCUCUCCGCCGCCGCGCUCGUGAUGCUCGUUGGUCUGUACAUUCUCCUUGCGUGGAGUGGCGCCGUGGUCACCGUCCUCGUCGUCGGCGUCGCGCUCGCUGCGAUGGCUCUCGUUCUCCGUCAGCAGCCUCAGUCGGUGCGCAGAAUGCUCAAGCGAUGGCGGGAAUCGUCAAGCUCAACACUGCCGUCAACAACCAACGCUGCCGAUCUGAUGCAGCACCGCUUCCAAACAAGCCCACAGGGAACAAGCUCUGCUGGCUUUGUUGCAGGAGGUCUUGAGGCCGUCGCUGUUGGUACUUUCGGCCAGCUGCAACAGCAGCAGCAGCAGCGUCAGUUUGCUCCCGCGUUCGCGCAGGGACCGUUCUCCACCCCAAGUCAUCCCGGAUCGUCGGCUGCAGUGGCAUCGGCGCCGUGGAUGGUGCAGUCUGGCCCGGGGAUGCACGCCUCGCCUGCUCCCAACCAGGGCGCAUCGCCGUAUCUCUUUGCUGCUCCCGCUGCUCCCCAAACCCCGCAAUCGGGCUUGUCUUUGCACCAGCCACAAUACUCGCCGCUUGGAACACCCAUUUAUGCUGGCCAGCAGCAACCGCCAUUUGGGCCCACGCAAAGUUCGCCCUACCAGCACUUGCCGCCGCAACAGUUUCAGCAGCCACUCCAACAACCGCAGCAGUUUCAGCAGCAGCAGCAGCAGCAGCAGCAACAACCUCAACAACAACAACUACCACAGCAAUACAAUCAACCUCUGCUUGCUCAACCUUCGCAAACGCCGAUAUCUACCGCACACCAGGCGGCCGCUUCUAGCUGGCAGAACGAACAGGAUGGCUUUGAGCCCGUUCGCCGCUCACCAAAAGCCCCUGCCGCUUCGAAUUCUGCUGCCGCUUCGAGCUCUGGUGCUGACACGCCAUCAUUCGCGCCCCUCGCACCGUCGACCCAAUCGCCCACUCCGGCUGUUGCACCAAAGACCGCAGCUACAACAAAGGCACCAACCGCAAAGCCAGCGACCGCGAGCGCACCUCAUGCUCAUGCCCCGGUUGCUGGUGCCUCGACCCGUGUGCCUGGCUCAGCCAAAGCAGCUCAGCCUGCUGCCUCCGUCGCCGCUGCUCCUGCCGCUGCUGCGCCAGCGCGAACCACUGCAACGUCCUCAACAGCGACACAGGCGACGACUCGCGUUGCAUCACCGUCCGCAACACCUGCGACCAAAGGCUCGUCAAGCACGCCUGCAGCGGUGUCCAGCACUUCCUCUGCCUCUCCAGCGGCACGAACGGCUACAGCCAACGCGCGUACUGCUGCCUCAUCUCGAUCCACCACGGUCGCCGGACAGGCGGCACCAAAAUCAACCCCUGCCUCUCCUCUGACAACCAGCAACAAGGCUGGUGCUUCCACAGCUCGGCCUCACGCCGGAUCACCGAACACCGCUACUGCUCCGAAUUCGAAAUUGGCCCCAACUCCGACCACGCCAGCCGGAGCAACGCCUUCUCCUGCUCGCGCGCGCACUACCUCCAGCGCAACCGGUGCGGCUCCGGCCAUCUCUGCUGCCACGCCCUCGCCUUCAAAGCUUCCGGCCCAAAACCUGGUCAAGCGACUCGGCGGGCCUCGCGCAGUGGAGCAGGCCAAGGAAGAGGAAUGGAGCGACGUCGAAGUGUCCUCGCUCGGGAAGAAAUCCGCUGUGACGUCCCGUGCACCAGUUUUACAAACGCGCGGCGCUGGCGCUGGACGUAACGUCGGCUCAGUCGUCCCCACGGUCACACGGCUUGGCGAUCCGGCCAAAUCCGGCGUCGUGCAACCCACCGAUGCGCACGAGUGGGACGAACUCGAGAUUCCCUCGGCAGGCUUCAAGCUGUCUGCGUCCGUCCGCGCCUCCGACUCGGCCAUUGGCGACUCGCAAACGGACGAGUCCGAGGACUCGGACUGGACACUGUCCGCCUCCAUGCAAACCAACGCCCGUCGUCGCUCCAGUCCUCCAGCUGCUUCUUCUGCAAAGCAGGACAAUGACGACGAAGAAGUCGAUUGGGGUGACGACGAGCCUGUCCCCGCGCGUCCACGAGCUGGCUCGCUGCGCAAUGCAGCUCCGGUUGCAGAACCCAUCACCCCAGUCUCCAGCAACAACAAGGCCGCGCUUGCUGCCUCGCUGGACAAGUGGCGCGACUCGGAAGAAGAGGACGAUUUUGGCUUUUCCAGCGACCGAUUGCAGCAGGUCCAGGACACACGUGCUGCGGCGCAAGCGGCGGAGGAGGAAGAAGACAUGUCUGCGUUCGACUCGGAAGAUGACGAACCAGCGCCGCGCAAACCCUUGCUUCUUGUCAACAGCCCGCGGCCGUCAUCUGCGGCUCUGCCAGCCUCCGUGCCCGGCAUGACUGGCGCGGUGAUCAACUUUGCCGAGCAGCGCCGGCUCAAGCAACAGGCCAGUGCGCUGUCGUCGCCCACACCCCUGACUCCCACCACCAUCCCUAAACCAGCAACAGCACCCGCGGCUCUUUCGACCCCGCACAAGGCGGGUGCUACCCCCUUGAAAUCAGCGCUGCGGUCUGCUUCGCCCGCGCUCCUGACUAGCCCAGCUGUUGUUCGCAAUGGCGCUCCAAGUACCAGCGCCAACGGCAGCUCCCACGCCAGUGCCAACGCCGUGACGGCCCAGUUGAUGAUUCACAAGCUCACGGCCAAGCCCGCACCUCGGCAGGAAGACGACGAUAUUGAGGAUGGCUUUGACCUGCCUGCCAACCGGCGAUUCCUCUCGCUGGCGGCAUUGACGGCCCAUGACAACGAACAGCUUGGCUCUGCCAACUCCCAGCGGGGCAACGCAAGUCUCAUUAGCGACGACAACGAGACGUGGAGCGACUUGGAUACAGACCCCGAGCUCGAGGCUAAAAUGUCCAUGUCCUCCGUGUCACGCACCUCAACGGCAUUUAGCCAGAGCGAAGAGGAGGAGUUUGAUGAUCUCCAGCUGCCGACGAAUGGUCAUCUUCAGCUUCGCCGAGGCAAUGACGCGAAUGACGCCGACGACGAGAACGACUUUGACAGUGACGGUCGUUCGCAUCCGACGCACGAUCCUUCAUCCAAGAACUGGGACGAUGUCGAGCUGCCUGAAGGCGGCUUGUCUGCAUCUCUAUUGCGACAGCGCGCCAUACGCGGAGAGCUGCCUUCCGCUGCGCGAGCAGUGUCACACGUUUCUCCCGCUGUUUCCAUUCCCCUCCAAAAUGUCGCAGAAGUAUCCUUGCCGCCAGAGCUCGAGCGUUUGCGCCAAAAGCACAUCGAACAGGCGGGGGAUGAGCUGCUACUAAACGAGGAGGCGGAAAAUGGUCACGGGCUGGGCGACGCCAACGGCUUUGGCCGCAUUCAGCUCUCUCGAAAGCGCACCAGUACCGCCAACGAAGCAGAGUUGCUCAUGCUCGAUGAUUUGCCGGUGGACGUAGAGCAGGAGCGGAAGGCGUUGGCGGCGAGUUUGCCCAUGCACGAGCACCUUGAUUCGCAGCGCUUGCCCUCCACACCGGGUGCACGUGCACUGUCGAAAGCCAACACACCCAUCCGGCCUGCCGUGGCCUCUGCCAUUCGCAGCAACCUGACCACCCCGACGGCUGGCACGACGCGAAAGGACUUUGCGUCGCCCGUGCGCAACCACGCCAAGCCCAAGCAAUCACCCACCUUGAUUAGCGAUCGCACCAACCGAUGGAAUACGCGUCGCAAUGUCAGCGGCAUGGAGUUUGACCCUGUCAACCUGCGUUGGGUGGGCAACGAUGACGACGAGUCGGUCAAAAAGUUUGAUCGUGCCGCUCCCACGCUCAUUUCCAACUGCGGCCAGCGUGUUCCCCGUGUUGUCGGUCAAAUGGUCUUUGAUCCCAUCAAAAUGUGCUGGACUGGCAACGACGAUGUCAUGGAUGCGUUUGCUGGCAUGGACGAUUUGACCGAAGACUCGACAUUGUGCGAAUCGGAUUGCUUCCUCGUCACGCCCGAGCUGGUGUCGUCGUUUGCGAGCAGCGCCCGCGAGCACCAGCACUCUCUCGGUGGCUGGCCUGGCAGUCACAUUGCCUCUGCCGGCGCGCAACCACGGGGAUUGACUUUGUCAACGCCCGCACCUCGCGAUUUUGAGGCCUUGUACGCCAUCCGCCGUUAACGAUUCUUUUCUGGUUGCCCUUUUGUUUUUUUCCUUCAUUUGGAGUUGUACCAUCUCUUGUUGAACCUGCUUUGUUUCCUUGUACUGUAUACUAUCAAUCCAAGUUUAUAUUCCCCA